AUGCCCAUUUUAAGUCCCUUCCCUGGAAACAAACACCCUCUUCCAUUUUCGAAACGCGGCAAAGAUCUUCGCCAGCCUUUAAUUUGCGCCUGCCCAGAAGAACAUAUAUCCGCACAUCGUGCCGUGCUGGCUAACAAGCAUUCCUUAGCUCUCCGGUCAAGCACCACGCACGCGCAUCACCUGGCUCAGGGCUCCUGCUGGCUUGCUCCCGGCCGAGCGCUCAGGAGGGAGGAGGCGAUGGCGGCCGUGUUGGACGCGUGGCGCAGCAAGAGGGCGGCCAUCACGUCGUGGUGCGUGUCGGCGCUGUGGAGCGGGCUCAGGCGAAGGCACCUGCGGACGACGUACGCCCUCGGAGCCGGUGGGCUCAAGCUCAACUACGACGCGCUCAGCUACGCCCAGAACUUCGACGACGGGAGCCGCCCCGGCGACGGCGAGUGCGAGCCCGACUUCACGGCCAGGUUCGCGCCUGCUGGAGCGCGGAGGCCGUCGAUCACUUGCUGUCGUUAGGAGAGCUAGCUCAUCGCUGUUUGUAGUUCCGGCCCGGCGUAUGUGGUGGUGGUGGUGGUAUUGUUGUUACCUUCCAAGUAUAUAUCUCUCGCGUGCCGGCGUGCGUGUGUAGUUACUCUUGGUAGUAAUCGAGGUCAUAAGUCUAUAUUGUGGCUGGAUGGGUGUACAAGUAUUUAGAAUGGAAGGAAUGAAGUAUUGUUUGCUGGA